AUGGUUUCUGCCUCCAAGGCCGCCCGUAUGGCCAAGCGCGCCGAAACUGGCGACAAGAAGGCUAAGAAGUCCGCCUCCAAGAAGGAGGAGGAGCCCACCGUCGAGGCCGAUGCCAACGGCGACGAGCAGCCCGCCACCACCGAAGCUAAGAUGAAGGAUGUCGAGAAGCUCACCGCACAGAUGGACAAGCACGGUCUCUCCGAUCGUGUCACUACCGGUGUGCUUUCGUCUCUGCCCGCCUCUCGCGACGUCAAGAUCACCUCCGCCUCCCUGGUGUUCCACGGAAAGGUCCUCUUCACUGAUUCUACCCUCGAGCUGAACUUCGGUCGUCGUUACGGUCUGCUCGGUGAGAACGGUUGCGGAAAGUCCACUCUCCUCAAGGCCAUUGCCACCCGCGAGUUCCCCUUCCCCGAGCACAUCGAUCUGUACCUUUUGAACGAGGGUGCUCCCGUCACUGAUAAGGGUGCCCUUGAGUGGGUUGUUGAUGAGGCCCAGGCUCAGCUUGAUGCUAUGGAGAAGAAGGCCGAGGAGAUUCUUGAGCAGGAUGGCCCCGAGAGCCCUAUUCUCGAGGAUCUGUACGACCGCAUGGACAAGAUGGACCCCUCCACCUUCCACACUCGUGCCUCUCUGAUCCUGACUGGUCUCGGUUUCAACAAGGUCACCAUUCACAAGAAGACCAAGGAUAUGUCCGGUGGUUGGCGUAUGCGUGUGGCCCUCGCCAAGGCCCUGUUCGUCAAGCCUUCGCUGCUGCUGCUCGAUGACCCCACUGCUCACUUGGAUCUCGAGGCCUGUGUGUGGCUGGAGGAGUACCUCAAGAAGUGGGACCGUACUUUCAUCCUGGUCUCUCACUCCAUGGAUUUCCUCAACGGUGUCUGCACCAACAUGAUCGAUAUGCGCAUGAAGCAGCUCCUCUACUACGGUGGUAACUACGACUCUUACCACAAGACUCGCUCCGAGCAGGAGACCAACCAGAUGAAGGCCUACACCAAGCAGCAGGAAGAAAUUUCCCAUAUUAAGAAGUUCAUUGCCUCCGCCGGUACCUAUGCCAACUUGGUCCGUCAGGCCAAGUCCCGCCAGAAGAUUCUCGACAAGAUGGAGGCCGAUGGUUUCAUCCAGCCCGUCAUUCCCGACCGUGUCUUCACUUUCCGCUUCGCCGACGUUGAGAAGCUGCCCCCUCCCGUCAUGUCCUUCGACGAUGUCAGCUUCUCCUACUCUGGAAACUGGGAUGACACCCUCUACGAGCACCUCGACCUCGGUGUCGACAUGGACUCCCGUACUGCCCUGGUCGGUCCCAACGGUGUUGGCAAGUCCACUCUGCUGCGUCUGAUGACCGGCAAGCUGAGCCCCAUUGGCGGUACCGUCAGCCGUCACACUCACUUGAAGCUCGGUGUCUACUCCCAGCACUCUGCUGAGCAGCUCGACCUGACCAAGUCUUCUCUCGAGUUCGUCCGUGACAAGUUCCCCGAGAAGUCCCAGGACUACCAGUACUGGCGCCAGCAGCUCGGCCGCUACGGUCUGUCUGGUGAGUCUCAGACCGCCAUCAUGGGUACCCUCUCCGAGGGCCAGAAGAGUCGUAUCGUCUUCGCCCUGCUCGCCAUCGAGUCCCCCAACAUGAUCCUGCUUGACGAGCCUACCAACGGUCUCGAUAUUCCCACCAUUGACUCUCUUGCUGAUGCCAUCAACGCCUACAACGGUGGUGUCGUCGUCGUCUCCCACGACUUCCGUCUGCUGGACAAGAUUGCCAAGGACAUCUUGGUCUGCGAGCACAAGACCGUCCGUCGCUGGGAUGGUAGCAUUGGCCAGUACAAGAAGUACCUGCGUGACAAGAUGGUCUCUACCGGUGCCGUCUAA